GAAAACACUUUAAAAAUGUAUUUAUUUUAGGAGGCUUUAUUAUUUAUCUCAAGACGAGUCAAGUCAAUGCGACAGAUACAGCAUAUGUCACUGGUAGUUGUCCAACAUCUCCAAAUAACUAUACUUAUGGUUGGCAUUUUGUACUCUCGGGCGCAUCAGCAAACUUCUGGUCGAUCAAUUGCGCCUUUCUAAAAUCAGGCAACAUUAGUCAAACGUAUAACCCAGCUGCAAAGGAUGUUUAUCUGUUUACACCAACAACGGAUACCCUCCUUGGCUGUUGGGCAAACGUGACGGAUGGAACUGCAUCAAAUGUUAUUUUGAGUCAUGUGUGCCUUCCAGCAGGUAAGGAGAUUUUUCAUGUUUUAAGGUGCUCAAGAAGCCAGCUCACUGAAUCUUUCCUAUUCAAAGAUCGAUACAGCAGAUAAACUUUUGCUACUCAUAAAUUUCCACAUACUGAGAUACCACUAUGGAGAAGCGAUGUGUGAAUUAGAUAAUUUCUAAUGACUAAAAUUGGGACGAACUCAUUAUUGCUGCCUAACAUAAUCUAGGAAAAUUCAAUAAAAACUCUAUAGUAUGGGCCGAAUCUGAUACUACACAACUGUGUGAUUUCAUACAAUAGUGUAGAAAUCAAAGACAUCCUUGUUUUGAAAAAUUACUUUUCAAAUAGAGUGGUUAAACAUGUAAACACUGGAUGGGUUCAAAUGCUCAAGUGUUCAAUUUCUUUCCAAUAAGAAUAUUCGAGGCUUGUACUUCAGAAUAUCGUCUCAACAAUCUCUUAGAUAUUCGCUCCAUCAUUAACAGUCUCGUUACUUCACAAACAUAACCAGGACACCCUGCGAAUCCGUCACUAGUUGUACUUUUCACUGCUUGUUGCUACCGAUAACCUCCUUGUAUUUAUCCCAACCGCCCUAGGGACGCCAUGAUUGCGCCAACCUUCAGACAGUGAAACAUGGCCAUAUAUCUGUUUCUGUCUUCAGCGCCAUGCCGCGUUAGCUCCCAUUUGCAGCAGUCUUCAAAAUCAUUCAGGUUGUAUCCCAUGGACUUACUCCCAGCCCACCACCUGUACCUUUAAAACACAACGCAGUGCCGUGCUUCACUUCUCCCACUUCAUUUUUACACAACUCAUCACAUUGAUUUAGGUACUACAACAACAACUACUACUACUACUACAACCAAAACAACAACAAAAACAACAACAACAACAACAACAACAAAAACAACAACAACAACAACAACAACAACAACAACAACAACAACAACAACAACAAAAACAACAACAACAACAACAACAACAACAACAACAACAACAACAACAACAACAACAACAACAACAACAACAUCGACAACGACAACAUCGACAACGACAACAACAACAACGACAACAACAACAACUACGACAGAAACGACAACAACUACAACGGAAACAACAACAACUACUACAGAAACAACAACAACUACGACAGAAACGACAACCACUACGACAGAAACAACAACAACUACUACAGAAACAACAACAACUACAACGGAAACAACAACAACUACUACAGAAACAACAACAACUACGACAGAAACGACAACCACUACGACAGAAACAACAACAACUACAACAGAAACAACAACGACUACGACAGAAACAACAACAACUACUACAGAAACAACAACAACUACAACGGAAACAACAACAACUACGACAGAAACAACAACAACUACGACAGAAACAACAACAACUACGACAGAAACGACAACCACUACAACGGAAACAACAACAACUACUACAGAAACAACAACAACUACAACGGAAACAACAACAACUACCACGGAAACGACAACAACUACGACAGAAACGACAACAACUACAACGGAAACAACAACAACUACCACGGAAACGACAACAACUACGACAGAAACGACAACCACUACUACGGAAACAACAACAACUACCACGGAAACAACAACGACUACGACAGAGACAACAACAACUACAACAACAACAACAACAACUACGACAGGGGGAGGAGGAGGUAAUACUGUUAGUGAGUAA